CUCCUUCUUGGUUAAUAAACUUCUUGUAUUGGCCAUAUACACUAUAUUUAUCAAUGAAACAUUGUUCAAAAAAAAAAAAUACGCUGAAGAAAAUAGUAUAACGAUCGAAAUAAGUUUUAUUAAAAAGAAACAGGUUAGGGGGUUGUAACCGUCAUUUGUAAAGAUGUGGACCAAACCACAUUAAUUUUUUUUCUAAAGUCAAGUGAACUAAACUUAUACAGAUUAGAGAGACUGCGAUGGGAGGCGACGGUGGUGUAGCGCCAAUAAUUCACUUUGUGUUUGUUCAUGGAGCCUGCCACGGUGGUUGGUGCUGGUAUAAACUCAUCACUCUUCUUCUCGCCGCAGGAUUCAAAGCCACCUCCGUCGAUCUCACCGGCGCUGGCAUCAACCUCACGGACUCUAACACCGUCUUUGACUUCGACCAUUAUAACCAACCUCUCUUCUCUCUCUUGUCUGAAAUCCCUCCUCACCACAAGAUCAUACUCGUGGGACAUAGCAUCGGUGGAGGAACUGUCACUGAAGCUCUGUGCAAGUUCACAGACAAAAUCUCCAUGGUUAUUUACUUAGCGGCUGAAAUGGUUCAACCCGGAACUACCUCUCCUAAUAAUUCAAACAUGACUGUGGGAGAAGAAGACAUAUGGGAGUUCACAUACGGUGAAGGCGCUGAUAAGCCACCCACUGGCGUAUUAAUGAAGGAAGAGUUUAUACGUCAUUAUUACUAUAGCCAAAGUCCUAUUGAGGAUGUAACUUUGGCAUCUAAGCUGUUGCGACCUGCUCCGAUAAGGGCGUUACAAGGUAUUGAUAAGCUGCCUCCAAACCCUGAAGCCGAGAAAGUUCCUCGAGGAUACAUGAAGACUGCUAAAGAUAACCUAUUUCAUCCUAUGUACCAAGACCGUUUGGUGGAGAAGUGGCCACCUUCUCAGUUGUAUAUCUUGGAGGAUAGUGACCAUUCUGCUUUCUUCUCUGUCCCAACUAUCUUAUUCGCUUAUCUCCUCCGUGCUGUAUCUUUUCUUCAAUUAUAAGUUUAUAACUAAAGGCUUUGUUUGAACAUGUCUCAUCCUCCGUACACUAUUAGUAAUCCUAUUAUAAUAUUCUUCA